AUGACUAAUACUGCUGUUGACUCUAAGUCUGGUGAUAAGAAGGCCUUCGAAUAGAUAGUAUCAGAAUAAUAAUAAAAGGUUAAGGACUAAUACAAGUAGACCACUAUGUUCAUCAGAGAAAACUAUUUGCCUCACUUUAACCUCUAUCAAAAAACUAUGAUUUAUAAGAAAAUGGCUUGUUAUGAACAAAAUUUGGCUGAUCCUUCUGUUUAUUACUCUUGCAUUGAAAAGAUUGACUAAAAUAUGCAAACAAACUCUAUGAGACUCCAAUAAAAAUUCGCCAGAAUCGAUGAAAAGGAUAAAGAAUGCCAAGACUCUUGCACCAAGAAUUUCAGUGGUUCAGAUAACUUCAUUACUUGCAUGCAAAAAUGCUCUGAUAUCCUUAAGAAGCAAUCAAUCGAUAUUUAUGAAGAAUUCUACAAAUCCACUAUUUCUGAUUUACCUGAAUUCAAGAAAAUUAGAAAGUGA